AUGUUUAAGCCACCUGCAGCUUGUGUUCCCGCAAUCCGCCGUCCUUUCCUGACCUCUAUCAUUCACGCCAGCCAGCAAAGAACUCUGGGCUCUCUUUCGAGAACCACCAACCACUCUUUCUCAAAGUAUCGCAAACUCAGUGAUAGUACCCCAAGAAUGGCGGAAGAUGUACCGACAGGAGGGGACCCCCUUCCCAACCCCAUCUCCGGUACUACCGACGAAGCCAGCUGGAAGCAUCGUCCGCCAUACAAGAUCCAAACAGACGAAGAAUUCGGUACCGUUAAAUGGACUGGCAGGUGUCAAUGUGGGCAAGUAGAAUACAAGUUGAAUCGAGAGAAGCCAUUGAAAUCGAAGUACUGUCAUUGUCGGGGGUGUCAAGUAUUACAUGGUGCCCCAUUCCAGUGGGCCACUAUAUUUCAAAAGUCCGACAUAACUUUCACCAAAGGCGCUGAUGGCCUGGCGUUCUACUCAUCUACGGAGAAGUCGAGAGAGUAUAUGAACCCGACGAAAGUGUCGUGUUCGUUCUGUCGGACCCCGAUUAUGGAUGAGGGGCGCAAUGUUUGUCUUCUGUUCCCUGCGUCUAUUGACUAUGGCGAGACACAUGAGGAGAGAGAGAAGUGGAUCAAUGCAUUCGAAGUAGAGUGCCAUAUUUUCUACAGCCGACGGGCUGUAGAGAUCCCAGAUGGAAAGCCAAAAUGGUCCGAGCUGGAUGGCAGUAGCGAGCUCUUGGAUGAUUCGGGUAAUCCCAAGAAGGGUAAAUCAUGA